AUGGAUGCAGUAAGAGGACUGUGCGUGAGAAACGUCAACGGUUACCAUGCCAUGUCCUACGACACGUACAGGGUCCACGGAGACAAAGGGCCGUGGGGCCGCUGCAUGGGCAGCGAGUGUGGCCCGGGGGGCAGCCAGAGCCGGGCGGUGUGGUGCGCCCACUCGGAGGGCUGGACCACCCUGCACACCAACUGCGAGCACACCAGCCGGCCCCACAACCAGCAGGGCUGCUUCCGCGUGUGCGACUGGCACAAGGACAUGUACGACUGGCAGCUGGGCGCCUGGAACCGCUGCCUGCCGGUGGCCAUGCGCGGCAGCGCCGGCAUGCAGCGCUAUGCGGCGGCGGCGGCGGCCGGCGUGUGCACCCGGGGCGAGGAGGGCCUCCAGACCCGCGAGGUGGCCUGCGUCCAGAAGGCCGACGCCGGGCCCGCAGAAGACGCCAUCUGCGAGUACUUUGAGCCCAAGCCGCGGCUGGAGCAGGCCUGCCUCAUCCCCUGCCCCCGGGACUGCGUGGUGUCCGAGUUCAGCGCCUGGACGUCCUGCUCCAAGACCUGCGGCACCGGUCUGCAGAACCGGAUCCGCUGGGUGCUGGCGCCGCCGCUGUUUGGCGGCGCGACCUGCCCCAACCUGACCGAGUUCCACACCUGCCAGCCGGGGCUCUGCGAGGGCGAGGAGAGCCUCCACAGUAUCAAGCUGGGCCCCUGGGGCCCCUGUGGCGUCCCCGUGCCACGCCAGGCGAGACAGGCCCCCAGAGAGGUAUCCAGGGAGGUGGAUUUUGAAAGGGGUACGCCAGGGAGAGGCCGGGACAAACCGUCCAGAGACAAACCAUCCAGGGACAGUGACACAGCCGGAAGAGGUGGGGACAAAAUGGCCAGAGAUGGGGAGGCACCAGCCCUAGACAGCCCAGCCAGUGAAGGGGGUCCAGCAGACAAAACCAGAGACAACCCAGUCAGGGAAGGGGGUCCAGCAGACAAAACCAGAGACAACCCAGUCAGGGAAGGGGGUCCAGCAGACAAAACCACAGACAACCCAAUCAGGGAAGGGGAACCAGGGGACAGAGGCAGAGACAGCCCAGCCAGGGAAGGUAAAAAGGCAGCCAAAGGCAACGACAAACCAAACCGAGAGGUGGACAAGUUAGCCAGGGCCAAUAGAAAACUAAGAAAGCUGAUCAGGAAGCAGGAGAGGGCCUCCAGACAGGUGGACCGGCCCAAACGACAGAAGAAGGCCAAGAACAAGGAGAAGAGAGAGAAGAUCAGGGAGAAGGCCCGCGAGCGGCAGCGCUCGGAGAAGGUUAAGGACCCGGAGACCCGGGAACUGCUCAAGAAGAAGCGCACCAAGAACCGCCAGAACCGGCCGGGGGGGAAGGGCUGGGACAUCCAGAUGGGGUACCGGACACGAGAAGUGAUGUGUGUUCACAAGAGCGGGGACACCGAGGCACUGAGCCUGUGCUCCCAGGAGGGUCUCCCGGUGACCUACCAGGCCUGCGUGGUGACCCGGGACUGCGAGGUGGGCGGCUGGUCCGAGUGGUCCCCCUGCUCCACGCGCUGCUACGAGCCCAACGGGCCCCGGGGCCAGCGCGCGCGGGGCCGGCGCGUCACCCAGUUCACGGUGGGGCCGGGCGGCGCGGCGUGCCCCGAGCUGGAGGAGACGGAGGCCUGCAGCCCGGAGGACGGGGCCCCGCCCUGCACUGUGUACAGCUGGAAGGCCACCGAGUGGACCGAGUGCAGAGUGGACACGCUGCUCAGCCAGCAGGACCGUCGCCGCGCCAACCAGACGGGCCUGUGUGGAGGAGGCAUCCAGGGCCGCGAGGUGUACUGCGUGCAGGCCGGCGGCGACACGCCCUCCAACCUCAGCGCCCUCCGGGGCAGAGAAGCCCUGCGCCCCGUAGACAGUGAGCUGUGUCUGGGGAUCCCCCCCAACACCACCCAGCUGUGCCAGAUCGCCUGCCCCGUGGAGUGUGAGGUGUCGGCCUGGGGCGCCUGGGGACCCUGCACCUUCGAGAACUGUCAGGACCAGACAGCCAAGAAAGGGUUCAAGCUGAGGAAGAGGAGGAUAACCAAUGAGCCGACCGGAGGCACAGGGAACUGCCCCCAUCUGGUGGAGGCCAUCCCCUGUGAGGAGCCCAGCUGUUACGAUUGGCUGCUGGUGAAGCUGGAGGCGUGUCUUCCUGACAACGAUAAGGAGUGUGGCCCAGGAACCCAGAUCCCCCAGGUCCAGUGUGUCAACAGUGAUGGGGACUUUGUGGAGAGGCAGCUGUGCCGCGACGCCAUCCUCCCCAUGCCCGCCAUCUGUGAGGUGCCUUGCCCAAAGGACUGCGCCCUCAGCCCCUGGACGUCCUGGUCGCUGUGCUCCAACACCUGCUCUGGGAAGAACACGGAGGGCCGGCAGAUGAGGGCCCGCUCCAUCCUGGCCUACAACGCAGGAGAAGGGGGCAUCCAGUGUCCCAACGCCAGCUCCCUGCAGGAGGUGCGCGGCUGCAACGAGCACCCGUGCACCGUGUACCACUGGCAGACGGGGCCCUGGGGCCAGUGCAUCGAGGACGCCUCCAUCCCCACGGGCGCUGCCAACGGCAGCCGCGGCCGCGGCGGCGAGGACUCGGCCUGCUCCGUGGGCAUGCAGACGCGCAAGGUCAUCUGCGUCCGGGUCAACGUGGGCCAGGUGCCCCCCAAAAAGUGUCCGGAGAGCCUGCGCCCGGACACGGUGAGGCCCUGCCUGCUGCCCUGCCGGCGGGACUGCGUGGUCACGCCCUACAGCGACUGGAGCCCCUGUCCGUCCACCUGCCAAGCAGGAGGGAAGACCAAGAAGAAGCAGAGCAGGAGACGUCUCAUCGUCCAGCUGCCGGCCAACGGGGGGCAGGACUGCCCCGAUCUGCUCAGCCAGGAGAGGGACUGCGAGGGCCCGUCCGUCUGUCAGGGCUAUCGGUGGAAGACUCACAAGUGGCGGCGGUGCCAACUGGUGCCCUGGUCGGUGCGGCAGGACAGUCCCGGGGUGCAGGAGACCUGCGGGGCGGGCCUGCAGGCUAGAGCCGUGUCAUGUCGUAAACAAGAUGGCGGCCAGGCGGACAUCGAGGAGUGUCUGAAGCUGGCCAGCCCCAUGCCGGAGCUCACCCAGCCCUGUCAGAACCCCUGCCAGGAGGACUGCCAGCUCACCGCCUGGUCCAAGUUCUCCGCCUGCACCGCCGACUGCGUGGGGGUCCGCACGCGCAAGAGGCUGCUCGUCGGUAAGAGCAAGAAGCGGGAGCAGUGCAAGAUCAACCAGCUGUACCCGCUGACGGAGACCCAGUACUGCCCCUGCAACAAGUACAACGCCCAGCCCGUGGGCAACUGGUCGGACUGCAUCCUGCCGGAGGGGGGCCGCGCCGAGGGGCCGCUGGGCCUGAAGGUCCAGGGGGACGUCAAGGAGUGCGGCCAGGGCUACCGCUACCAGGCCAUGGUGUGCUACGACCAGGACAACCGGCUGGUGGAGACCACGCGCUGCAACAGCCACGGCUACAUCGAGGAGGCCUGCAUCAUCGCCUGCCCCUCGGACUGUAAGCUGAGCGAGUGGUCCAACUGGUCGCGCUGCAGCAAGUCUUGCGGCAGCGGGGUCAAAGUUCGAUCCAAGUGGCUGAGGGAGAAGCCUUACAACGGGGGUCGGCCGUGCCCCAAGCUGGACCACGUGAACCAGGCUCAGGUCUACGAGGUGGUGCCCUGUCUGAGCGACUGUGGUCAGUACGUGUGGCAGGCCGAGCCCUGGAGCGUCUGGAAGGUCAGCAACGUGGACCUGAAGGAGAACUGUGGCGAAGGCGUGCAGACCAGAAAAGUCAGGUGUAUGCUGAACACCAUCGAUGGGCCGUCCGACCAGGUGGAGGAUUACCUGUGUGACCCGGAGGAGAUGUCCCUGGGGGCUCGAGACAGCCGCCUGCCCUGCCCUGAGGACUGUGUCCUGUCCGACUGGGGCCGCUGGAGCGCCUGCCAACUGCCGUGCAGCGGGAAUCGAACUCGCGAGCGGAGUGCCUACCCUCUUCGCCAGCCUGGCCAGAACAAGGCGUGUCCGGAGACGACAGAGACGGAGGCCUGCAGAUACAACUCCAACUGCUUCCACUACUCCUACAACAUCACCGACUGGAGCACCUGCCAGCUGAGCGAGAGGGCCGUGUGUGGCGCGGGCCUCAAAACGCGCAUGCUGGACUGCGUCCGGAGCGACGGCAAAUCAGUGGACCUCAAGCUGUGUAAAGAGUUGGGCUUGGAGAGGAAGUGGCAGAUGAACUCUUCCUGUGUCGUGGAAUGCCCUGUCAACUGCCAGCUCUCUGAUUGGUCCCUGUGGUCCGGGUGCAGCCACUCCUGCGGUCUUGCAGGUAAACUGCUGCGCCGCCGCACGGUGGUCCAGGCGCCCCAGGGCGACGGCCGGCCCUGCCCCACCCAGGUGGAGCAGUGGAAGCCCUGCCCCGUCAAGCCCUGCUACCGCUGGCGCUACUCGCCGUGGUCCCAGUGCGCCUCCGAGGGGGCGCGCUGCGGGGACGGCCUGCGCUACCGCAACGUGACCUGCUUCGUGUCGGACGGGUCGGGCCGGGAGCCGGGCAGCCCCGUGGACGAGGGGCUGUGCGGGGAGCUGGAGCUGGGCGUGGACGGGGAGCGGCCCGUGGUCCUGGAGGAGAGCUGCGCCGUGCCCUGCCCAGGGGAGUGCUACCUGACUGACUGGACGGCCUGGAGCCCCUGCCAGCUGAACUGCAUCGGGGGGUCCGACCUGGGCCUGGGCGCGGUGCAGGUGCGCUCCCGGGCCGUGGUGGCCCAGGAGCCCGAGAACCUGCUGGCCUGUCCCGAGCAGGAGUGGGAGGCCCGCCCCUGCACAGAGGGACGGUGUUUGGAGUACAGGUGGAUGGCGGGUUCCUGGCGGAGCGCGUCGCGCCAGGUGUGGUGCCAGCGGUCCGACGGCCUCAACGUCACAGGUGGAUGCCCCCCCACCACCAGGCCCAUCUCUGACAGGUCAUGUGACCCACCCUGCAGGAAACCUCGUUCCAUCUGCACAGAGGCGGGCCAGUGCGGCUGUGAGGACGGCUACACAGAGGUCAUGACCUCGGACGGCGUGCUGGACCAGUGCACCGUCAUCCCCGUGCUGGAGAUCCCCACGGCGGGGGACAGCAAGACGGACGUCAAGACCAUCCGCGCCCCCCUGGACCCCACGCUGAGCGCCGGCCACGCCCCCGGCCGCGCCGGACGCACCUGGUUCCUGCAGCCCUUCGGGCAAGAUGGUAAACUGAAGACCUGGGUGUACGGAGUGGCAGCGGGAGUCUUCGUCCUGCUGGUGUUCAUCGUGUCCAUGACGUACUUAGCGUGUAAGAAACCAAAGAAGCCUCAGCGCCGGCAGAUGAACAACAGACUGAAGCCGCUGACGCUGGCCUACGACGGAGACGCCGACAUGUGA